AUGAAAAAUACAACAAGUUAUUCGGGUUUUAUAACGGUUGAAAAAAAAUGUAAUUCGAAUAUAUGGUUUUGGUUUUUCCCAUCGAAAAGUGAUAGAAAAAGUGAUCCCAUCACGGUUUGGUUAAAUGGUAGUCCGGGAUUAUCAUCCAUGUUUGGUUUAUUUAUUGAAAACGGUCCAUAUUUUAUAACAAAAAAAAAAGAAUUGAAAUCAAGAAUAUAUUCUUGGAACAUGCACAGUUCAAUUAUUUAUGUUGACGUACCCCUGGGAACCGGAUUUAGUUUUUCCGAUCGUCGUCAUCAUCAUCAUCAUCCUUCCAAAUGUUAUUCAAAAACUCAAAGUCAAACAUCAAAAUAUUUUAUACGUUUUUUAAAUCAAUUUUUCAUUUUAUUUCCCGAAUAUAAAAAUAAUCCUUUUUAUAUAUUUGGUGAAUCUUACGGUGGUAAAUAUGUGACCGGUAUCGGUUAUUAUUUGUUAAAAAGUAACACAACCCUUAGAUUCGAUGGUAUCGGAAUCGGUAGCGGAAUAUUAGAUCCGAGAAAUCAACAAUUGCAUGCCAAUUAUCUUUAUCAAUUAGGUAUAAUUGAUAAGAACGCGAGGAAGGACAUGUUGAAAAAGGAAAAAUUAUUUAGAGAAUUAAUCGAUGGGAAAAAAUUUACGGAUGCAUUUUAUUUUAAAAAAAAUUUAACGAUAGAAUAUGAAUUAUUAACCGGAUAUAAAAAUUUAAAUAAUUAUUUGGAUUGUAAUUACGAUAAAAUUUACUACUACGGUGAUUACGAAAAUUUUUUAAAUGAUAACGAAGUGAGAAAAGGUUUGCACGUGGGAAACGUAACACGUAACACGGAUGUUAACAUAACGGAAACGAUCGCACGAGAUAUGAUGAAAUCCGUUAAAAAAUGGCUCGAAUACGUGAUCGAAAGAAAAAGGACGCUUUUAUAUUUUGGACAAAUGGAUUUGAUAUCAUCGUAUUCGGGCGCAAUGAAUUUUAUUAAAAAAUUAAAUUGGACGAGAUCUUCAAAAUUUCAUAAUUCUCAAAGGAAAUACUGGAGAAUCAAUGGAAAAUUAGCCGGAUUCAUAAAAACUGAUAACAUGUUUACGGAAGUUAUGAUAAGAAAUGCCGGACAUAGAAUUUCCGUCGAUCAACCCUAUUGGACAUUUAAUUUAUAUAAUAAAUUUAUUUUUCGUAAUAUUUAA